AUGGCCAAACUUCCAAGAGUGCAUUACGGAGAACAGAUGAAUUUCCCCCUUUUCACAGCAGAGAGGUCAUCAGGUCCCGCCUUAAGUGAAGAAGACAUAAACAAAAUUUUGUCCAUUAACCAUAUUGACAACUUUGAUGAGUAUCUGAAAUUUAUUAAGUUCAAAUAUGAAAUGGUCGAAAUAGCCAAUGAACACUUUAAAAAAAUCGGUAGCCAAGAAAGACGAGUUCUCCUAAAGUCCAAAGACAUUUUAGUUAAUGUUCUUAACGAAAAUGCAAAACGCAAUGAAUUAAAUAUUUCACAAGAGCGUCUACAAGAUACGGCUCAGUAG